CGGUUUCUAUCCGACAGGAUGCUUACCAGCACGUCGGGGUAUCUGUUUCGUAAGGCUUAUGUUGCUGCUACCUAUCCGCCGCUACAAGUCUACAGCACAGAACUUUGGGACGAGCCGCGGUUCAUUCUAAAAAGGUGUCCUCAGGGGAGACGCUAAGCUGAUUCAGGGGGAUCAACGAUAUACUCUACCCUACACCUUCCUACUCCUCUGCGCGGCCUAUUUAAGACCCCGUUAGUAACGGAGGAUUAAGUUUUUUUACAACUCAAUUCAAGGAACCUGAUUUGACCAUUAAUAAUAUUUAUUUUAAAUAGUACGACAUCAGCAUACGGACCGAACUCACUCUGGGUCGAGUGAACGGGAGCUGAUCGACUUGUCUCAGACUAUCCUCUCAGUCAAAUAUUUCCGAAGGAAUCGAUUGCCGAGGUGUCUUUCGCAUAGAUUUGGAUCACGACCGCCCAUGACUAUUCUCGGUUUUUGUGUCGCCUUUAUCGCUACAGGCAUAGCUAUCCUUUUCUCCUUGUAUCAACGACGCAACACACAGGCAAGGGCUCUCAAUGAGCCCCCUCUUCUUCCUUAUUCAAUUCCUUUUGUGGGGCACGCGUUGUGGUACGGCCGGAGAAGUAGCGAGGUGUACGCGGCUGCGAGAACUUUUUCUCCAGAUUCACGCCCUGUAUCAAUAACGCUAAUGGGACAGCGUGUAUACAUCGUCACGGCGAACAAAGACGUUUCCGCAGUUUACCGGGCGAAAAGCCUCUCGUUCAAUAACCUUGUUCUUUGGGGUCUGGGAGCCGUCUUCAACAUCUCACGGGAAGGUCGGGACGUGAUCGCAUAUGAGCCCGGUCAUCACAGUUCUUUGCUGGAGAAUAGCCAUGUGUUCUAUCGUGAUGCACUGAGGGAGGGUUCCGCUCUCAAUGAAUUUACCGCCUCCUUCCUCGAUUGUCUGCGCAAGGAGCUUGACAAAGAAGACGCCAAGAUCGACGUGUCCCCCAAAGGGAUGAAAGUCCAGCUGCGCGACUGGGCUAGGACUAUUCUAGGCACCGCGUCCACAAUCGCAACGAUGGGUCCACAAAUACUGGAGGAAGAGCCUAAUCUUCUCAAAUAUAAUUGGCAGUUCGAUUUGGACAUCGUUUCGUUUACCAUUGGUCUCCCACGAUUUCUGAUUAAAAGGCAAUAUGCAAAUAGAGAAAAGCUUAUCCGGGCAUUUGAAAAGGUGUAUAGGGAUAGAGAGACGAAGCAGCAAGAUGCUAUUUGGUGGAUACCUGAGCGUCAAAGGAUGUUGGCUGAAGCAGGGAUGACAUCCGAUUAUGAUAUUGGUGCUUCAACGCUUCCUGUAUGGAAUGGGCUUCAAACCAAUUCCAACCCUACCGCCUUUUGGCUUCUUCUGCAUAUUGUAGCGAUCCCUGGGCUUGCAGAUCGCAUUCGCAAGUCAAUCGCUCCAGCAUUCGACAGCGAAGGGAAGGUCACCAAUGUUGAUCUCAUGGUGAACGACCCGCUCUUACGCUCAGCGUAUAACGAGAUCCUCCGCCUGUACUCGGGCUCAGUCUCUACUCGAGUUGUGACCGAAGACACCAUCAUUUCUGGUUACAAUUUCCGUAAAGGAGGCGUCGUCAUGUGUCCAGCUCGUCCACACCAUUGGGAUGUAGACGUUUGGGGCCCGGACGUCGAAGAGUUCGUCCCAGACAGGUUCAUUCGAGAAUCUACAAAUAGCCUAAUCAAGGGGGAUGCAAAGCUGACUCGGCCAUUCGGAGGAGGGACGUCCCUCUGUCCUGGUCGGUUCUUUGCCUCGAACGAGAUCAUUUCGUUCGUCGGAGCUAUUUUAUUAAAAUACGAUAUUCGCCUGGCGGCUGGUGAAACUGUUCCUCGACCCAAUGUAAAUACUCCGUCUCUCGGUUUCUCUGCUCCCUUGAAUGAUGUGGAGGUUAUUAUAACGAAGAGAAGCAAAUACUAAGGCAUCUUACUACGUAUGUACUUGAAAUACAUGAUUCGAAUGUAUGUUUAACUCGUCUCGAUGAACUGGC